CCUCUUGAAACUAAAGAAACACGAGGAGAUACAUGCUUGGGCUGCAAACUCCGCCUGCCAGGGCGGCUGCCAGGUCCUGCCCUUGCUUCGGCAUUUCCCAAGGGCGGAAGAGUCAACCGGGAGCGGAAUGGCGUUGCCAACACGGAAACCAAGAGCCAGCUGCCCCGGCAUGCCUCGGCGCCUGUGUUCGCCUGAUACGGGAAAGUCACCAAGGGGUUUGGUGUCAAUGUCCAUCUCAGCUGGGUGCCAGAGGGCUGAGGUGGGAUUUGAGGGUGGGAGCAGCCGUGGUAAAACUCCCCACCGCUAAGAUUUCAGCCUUUGGCACAGGAGAAACGGGAUGGUUUUGGGGGGGUCAGGACGAAUAGAGGUGGAAGGUGGCACAGCAAGGGCAGAGAGGGGGUGACCUGCUGCAGCGAAGCUCAGCAAAGCCAGGCUGAAACCCCACGGGCAGCGGAACAAUGAUGGGUUUGGCUCAUUUUAACGAGCAAAAGGUGGGCAGAGCUUUGCACAAAAAUGACGGCGUGGGUGAAGAGGGGCUGUGCAGGGAGAAGGAGAAAAACAAGGGUGAGGGGCACUCCGAGCCGGUGCCAGGAGAAGGAGGGAAAACUGGAACACCAAGGUUUCCUUUGCUUUGUUUUGGCUGCUUCUGCUUUUUCAGGGAGGUGUUUGCACCGCACCGAGAGCCGGUACGGAUCCCAUAAAGGGAGAGGAAAAGAAAAGGAUCCGAGAAGGAAAACACAGCGGGUGUUUGAGAAGUGACUCGGGGAACUCAUUUCCUCUGCACUGGGGCCAAAUAAUGAUCUCAGAGAAGCAGUAUCGGGUUGGGGUCAUGCCCUGACGGGAUGGAGGAGGAGAAUGAGUCACUUUUGGAGGUUUCGUGAGAGCCGAGGGGUGCAGCUGCUGCCUUCACUCGGGAAGAAUGCAAGGAACCGCUCAUCUCAUUGAUGGUACCACAGAGCUGGGAAACAGAAUCCUCCGGCCAAGAAGCCCUGGAGGCACUGCUGGAGGAGAGGCACUGCGACGCAGGUUUGACCUUUCCAGAGCCUUCAGCCCCGCAAUGGGGCGGCCGUGAUGGAGACGGAGGGCACCGGGGCAGGACGAUCGCCGGAGGUGUUGGAUGGGAACGGUGGAACCGCAAAGGACACGGCUGGGGACGGCACCGUCCUGCCCCUGGCUCUGAGGAUGCGCUGGAUUCUCCUGCUCGGCUCCCUCUGGCUCUCGGCAGCAUCACCAGCGUCGAGCAUCUUCCAGAGGCCGACAGGGAGCCCGGCCCCCCCGCACAUGCAGUACCUGCUGGAGCCCCUCCACACCACGGUGCACACGCAACGGGGAGCCACGGCCACCCUGCCCUGCGUCCUGCGCGCCCUGCCCCGCAACUACCGCGUGAAGUGGAGCAAAGUGGAGCCGGCCAACUACCGGGAGAACAUCAUCAUCAUCACCAACGGGUUGUACUAUAAGAACUACGGGCCGCUGAGCCCCCGAGUGCGCCUGCGGCACAGCCACCGCUAUGAUGCCUCGCUCACCAUCACCGAUGUGGCUUUGGAAGAUGAGGGUCGCUACCGCUGCCAGUUGGUCAAUGGGCUGGACGACGAGAGCGUCUCGCUCACGCUGCACCUUGAAGGCAUCGUCUUCCCCUACCAGCCCAGCAAUGGGCGCUACAAAUUCAACUACCAUGAAGCCAAGCGAGCCUGCGAGCAGCAGGAUUCCCGCCUCGCCACCUACCAGCAGCUCUACAAAGCCUGGACAGAGGGGCUGGAUUGGUGCAACGCUGGAUGGGUCCUUGAUGGGACUGUCCACUACCCCAUCAUCAACUCCCGGGAGCCGUGCGGUGGCCGCCUCCUCCUACCAGGUGUCCGCACCUACGGGGCCAGGGACAAGCAGAAGGAUCGAUACGAUGCUUUCUGCUUCACUUCUGCUCUUCAAGGUGAAGUCUACUUCAUCCGGGGCCACCUGAACUUCAAGGAGGCCGGGCAAGCGUGCCGCAACCAUGGAGCUGCUAUUGCUAAAGUUGGGCAGCUCUACUCCGCCUGGAAGUUCUCCCAGCUGGAUCGCUGCGAUGGGGGGUGGUUGGCGGAUGGCAGCGUGCGGUACCCCAUAACCAACCCACGUGAACGCUGUGGGGGGCUACCAGAUCCUGGAGUCCGCAGCUUUGGCUUUCCCAGCAAGGAGAUGAGGACCUACGGCACCUACUGCUUCACAGGGAAGUAGGAACGCUAGGAGGAGAGGUGGGCUGAGCAGAAGAGAUGGUGGUGGGACACUGGCCCUCGUCACCCAAGUGGAGAGCUUGAGGUAUAGGGUGAGGAAGGGUCUCCUGGUGAUUUUGGGUGGUUUGGGCAUCCUCUGAUGGAGCAAUAGGGCUGGGUUAGGGUGCUCGGGGCAUCCUCUGAUGGAGCUGCUCCCCACACCUCAGCCUGCUUUGGGGCUUGUUGGAUGUUUGGGGUUUGCUGGAGAAGCUGGGCUCAUCGCUGGGCCAAAAAGGGGGUCAAAUCCAGGCAGCACAGGCUCCGUGUUCCCCAACCCCAGCCUAUCCCUUGCCCACUCCCGCUCCCUGCAGCCACGAGGGCUCUGGCUGCUGCAAGCACACUGGAGGGCCGGGCAUUAACGAGCGUGACUAAUGGAGUUUCGCCUUCUCAAUUAAUAAAGCAACGUAAAGCUGCCC